AUGUUUGUGAAGCGGCCGAAGGCGUCGGAAGACGUGCUCGAUAUCGAGGAGGAACAGGAAAGAUUUCUCCGAACGAAUUCAAAAGCAUCAACUUCUGUGAAGCGAGCGAACACAUCCGACAAGCGGAGCUGUGAAGAUGAGAUUCCGAGACGUUCCGCGAAGAAGCAGUCCCGUUUCAAAGCUGAACGCGAAGAAGCGCGAGAGCAAGGAAGGAUACCGGCACAGAACAGCUCGGACGACGUUGUCAUGCAAGACCUUGUUGAAAGACCCGGGACCGCGAUCUACGUACCGGAGGCCCCGAUGCUAGACCAUGUCCCCGAAUCUUUCCCUGCGGUCACGCGGAGGGACAUGUCGAUCCCCACGCAGCAAGGGAAGAGUAUUUUCCUGAGCUGCAUGAGUGCUCAACAGAAUCUCCAACAAGAAACGAAAACAGCAUCAGUCGAAGAAUUGAUGGAUACGGAAUAUGAAUCUAUCCACCAAGAAAAUCUCAACAAACUGCAAUCGAUGUCUCUAGACGAGAUAAAACAGGCCCAGUCCGAGCUGCUGGGGAAAUUGGAUCCGUCGCUCGUCGCUUUCAUCAAGAGCCAAAGGACCAAACCGAAAUCCGCGGUGCAAGGGGUUCUGCGGGGAGGUUCACAAGUUGAUGACGCCGCCCUGCAAGGACUGCUGACUUCCCAGCCCCGCGCACCGCCGGGUCCGAGCACAGCUGAGUUCGUCGAGCAGGAACUUCCCCUCAAUCCAUCUGAAAUGUCGAAAUUCCCAAAUAUGCGCUCGAUCGAGAAAGACAAACUAGCCUGGAUGACUUUGCUACCGAAGCCAAAGAAGUCUGAUGAUGGCAGGAAAUUCACCUGUAGAUUCGACUUGGAAGGCCGUAUUUUGGCGCCCGACGCGGAUCUUCCCACACAGAGAGCCUUGCAUCAUCAUGGCGAGGAACCCGAGCGCGCUGGCUAUACACUCGACGAGCUCGCGAAAUUCCUCACCUCAACCGUUCAGUCUCAGCGGAUUUUGGCUCUCCAGGUCUUUUCCAACAUCCUGGACAACCAUCAUGGCGGGAAAUACGACAUUUGUUUUCCCGAUGGGCCGGGUCUUAUUGAGACUCUCGUCGAAAAUGGCUUCGUAGUCCUUUUGAGAGUCGCAUUGGAUGAUCAGAGCGCGUCGCAACUCUCGGAGGCGCUCAGAACUCUCCACAGCCUCAUCGUGAACCCGCAUGAUGAGAUCUGCCUCGAUCUCGUUUGUGACUGGACCGAUGAGGAGCCCUAUAUGCGACCCGCGGUCGAGAUUCUCCGAAAGAGCGAAGUGGAAAAACACGAUCAGCUAUCCGACACGGAGCUUGUGGCGCUCGACAUUGUGGAGGGACUUUUGAGAAUGGAUUUGUUGCCUCGCAUCAGAUACUUGCUCGAAGUGUGUCAGCCGGACGCCGGUGGUGUGGCCGCCGCUCUUGGGGUCUUGACCCGAAUAGCCAGGCAGUCGCCAGAAUCUGCGAAGAAGAUCGCCGAGUGUCCUCGGCUGUGUACCUUCAUCAUCAAUGAGUACUUGCCGCUCUACGGGUGGAACCUCCCACAGAUCGUGCAAGGUAAACUCGCCUCGAGCCGGGGCGUGCCCUUGGCGCUGGCGAUGAAAUUCAUUCGGGUCUUGUGCCAGUCUUCGAGAUCUGUAUCGGUGAAGCUCACGGUGGAACAGAAAUUGGAGAAGCUGAUUGCAGUUUUUCUAAACCUGGACCCCGAAGAGAACAAGCUACCGAAGAAAGAAGUCCUUCAACUCCAACUCGAAACAUUACGCCUUCUACGAGUCCUCCUGCGCCACGGUUUAGGAGUUGAUCUGUUCGAUGAUAUGUCCCCGGUCGUCAUUCGACAAAUGCAACACGCGAAACAGAUUUCCUGUCGGAGUCUCCACGCGGAUCAGCAGAUAUUCAACCUGGAAUACGCGUCGUGCUUGAUACAGUGCGUGCACGCCCGCAUGAGGAAACUAGUCCUUGACGACUCGAAUGACUGGACGGCAUUGGCGCCGCCCAUGAUCGACUCGGCGAUAUCGGCAUGUCAGCGAUGGCUCCGUAAUCUUUCGGAGGAUAAUCUGAGGCUGACCGCUUUCGGAGCUCUUAGCGUGGUUCUUCGCUUCCUGGCGGACCUUCGGUGUCACAAGAAAGAUGUAGACGUUCUCCCUGUGAUAUCGGCUCUCUUAAGCGUACCCCAGCUCAGAUGGACUUCAUUGUGGGGCGAUCUGAAACAACAGUCGAUGCUCCUGCUCCCCUCGGAAAAGUCUGGUGUGAAGAGGGAUAUCCGUGCACUCACCAGUUUGGCUACGAUUCAGUUCGGCGAAGAGUCUGUGAUCCCUCUGGCCAAGGAGACCAAUCCGACAUUCUUCUUGGACUCGGUCCUCUAUUUCCUAUGGACUUGUGUCUCGGAAAACGUUCCCGAUUCAGCGAAGCUGGCCGUUAAAGUCCUCCGUGAUGAGGGGCUAAAGGCUUACUUGGGAAAGAUAGCGAACAGUGACCUCUCGGCGGGCUGGUUUUCGCGAACCGAGACGUCAUCAUUGUACAAAUUGUUGCGUCUCCGUGGGGCGGUAGACUCUCGAGCACAAUCCCUGCCUCCCGACUCACCUUUAUCGGCGGAUAUGCCAUUUCUCAGACAGUGUGCCCUGAAAGUUUUGCCUUUGUUCUCGCCAGAUAGAGCUAUCGCGAUAAGGAACAUACUGCAGGAUGUGGUUUUCAGCGAGGACGGCUUGUUGACAUCGAUUGCGACGGAAGAAUUGUCCUCGGUGGUGACCUCGGUGAUGGAUAUGCUCGACUUCCUCCUCGGCAGUAUUCCUUCGAAAUAUUUGGGGCCAAGUUUAGCGAAGAGUUCCCAAUGCGAGUUCCUCUUCGACGGCGGUUUGCUGCCUCAAGACUGGAUGUACCUCCCGCUACGCAUGCUAUAUCUGGAAUCUUUGGAGGGAGCAAAGCAGCCGAAAAGCCAAACGAAUCCUCAAGCCGACCCCGAGACGAUGGAGCAAGCUCUCAAUGUCGCAACGAUUACUCAAUGCCUCCGAAACGUCGUCCUGCUCGAUCAUACUUCCUCUAUUAUGAAGCAACUCCCUCCUUUGGUGAACUUCAUUCGCUUGGCUUCUGUCUUCGUCAUCGAUUGCGACACGUUCCUCGAUGCUGAAGUCAAGACUCUCCUGCGGCACCUCUAUUUGUCAUUGAUCGUGCCUUACGCUCAACGUAUCCCGUUCGAGGAGCUCUCCUUCAAAUGGAAUUCUCUGCCAGCGUUCUCCGAUUUCUAUGCUCUAUUCGUCGAGCAGUUCGCUGCAUGCUCGUACGGGGAUCCUAAUUUCUCGCAUUAUCUCUUGUGCCCUCUUCAAAUGUGUUACCACAAGGAUAUCCGCAAGAUGUUGUACAUUGAAAAUGCAACAGUGCUCCGAGCAAUCCAGAUCGACGAAACGGACGGUCUAGGGAUUCCAAUGAGGAAUUUCGUGGAGCCUCGUGAAACAGAUCACGAUCUCGUGGUUGCCUUCAAAUCUGCUCUUUCUUCAGGGCUCGUUACGGAAAACCGGAAUCCCUUCAUGUACAAACUCCUGAGCAAACACCUAGCCUGAUUCUGUUUCACUGUGCAUACUACAAACUGAAAGCCAGCUCAGAAUAAAUGACGUAUGA